ACUGGCCAUUGGGAUACUGGACAAGAAGAGCCCCAGCAAUGGCAGCGAGCCGUGUGGAGCCGCAGCUGCUGUGUCACACUGAAAGGCGCCUGGGACUUGUCUUCCUCAUGGGCUUUUAACAACAGGCAUACACACUGACACAAAGCAAGUGAAACUUUGCCCCUUCUUUAUCUCCAUGCCAGGCUGGUCUUAAUCAGAUUUCUAUUUUCUUUGACUCCAUAGAGUUGUUUGGCACAAAGCAGAUGAAUUAUUUUUAAAUGACGUUUCUUCAAGGCUGCAAUAACACAACCAUUGCCUUUCUCUCUGAUUUAGAUGUUCUCAUCUAUUUCUUACGCAAGGGAACUGUUCACUUUUUACAAACAAUUUCCCUCCUAGCAGUUGCCAUCAUGCUGACCUAUGUGUUGCUUCUUUUGCUUGGGAGAAAAAGUACUGAAUUGUAGAAGAAGAGUUUGAGAAAAGAACUCUUCACCUCUGUGAACGUUUCACAAAUUCCUUUUUCCAGCAAGACUUGUUACAGACAUUUCCCGUCCUUUGUGAAAUCUGUGCUGCGAUCACUGGAAGGUAUGUAUAAAUCUCAAUUGAAAUAUUUAUUGCGUUUCUCCCCACGCUUCUCUUUGAAAUGAUUGUUUCAUCUCUCCAUUUACUUUCUUGGCCUUUCUGCAAUUGGGUCCACAUGGAGUGGGCAUCUGAAUCUUUUUGCAGACCUUCUGGCUAGCCAGCUCACUUCCUCUAUGUGAAACUGGUAUCACAUGAAGUGUACAAUUGGCAUUGCUCUACAUGUAGGAGCUAAGCCUGCCUUCGUUUACAAAAUGAUUCCUAAGAUUUCUGGAGAAUUAUACUACGUAAUUAUUUCUGCAGUGCAACAGAGACAGUACUGAACCAUCGACCCAACUCUACUGAGUUGCUUCCAGAUAACCUGUUUACAGAGCAUUCAUUCUAAUCUCCCUGCACGGAGAUUAGACAACAGCUUUAACAGCUAUUUGUGGAGUAUUCAUUCUGUUUGCGAUGAGGUUAGCUGAUGCUGCAUCAAACAACAUUAUCGCACAUUUUCCCCAUCAUUUUCCUUAUCACAGAAAGUCUAAUUUGGGGAGGACAGGGUAGUGGGAUUACGGCACAAGAACUGCAAACCAAUUUUCAUUGCACAACCUUAACUGUACAGUACGUGAUUGAACUCCACCAGAAAAUGGCAACAUUAUUGAAACUCUUUUACAUUUAUUUCCUUGAGCUGCUCAUUGCUGCAACCAAUCUCCCUACUCCCUAACCCCACAACUCUGCUCCCCUUGUUCCUUGUGGAUCUCCUAAAUGCCAAUGAUUUAUGUGCGGGCAGAAGGCAGGCUGGAAACGAGGUGGCAUAAUACCUUGGAGCUACAAUCCCCUUGGGAAUGUGCAGAGAGUUCUUCACAUCACCUUCAAGUACUUAAAAGUUGCAGAUCAAACAAUUUUGAAAGAGAGGGGAGGCAGACUGGAAUGUGUGGCCACUAUUCUAUGAAGUUAUAUGAUUCCCUCAUGAUCUGAAGUCAGAAACUUUGUUCUCUGGUGAGCAGAGAUACUCACUGCUUUGACUUCUUGUUCAGUAGUAGGUUUUGAGGAGAGAGAAAAAAAUCUGUAUCAUAACGGUGAAAUCCUCUUUUAGAUGAAAAUGAGAAUGACUUGUACCAGCUUUCUAAUAAGGCACCUGAUAUUACACGGUGAGGCAGAAAACCAACUCCAGUAACCUCACAACUGAGUAUUUUAUUUUUCUCUUUUAUACUACUUUGUGACUGUGAACUUAGAGGCAGUUAGUUAAUGCAUUCAAUAAAUCAAAAGAUAUAAUUUACCCCCUGGAUUCUACCAUUUAAGGCUGUGGUUUCAGGGUUGAAUAUUUGAUUGCUUCCUCAUAAAUAGCCUCCACAGAGGUAGCUCAGUUAGCCUGUUGAGUCCAAAUGAUAAAUAGCCUUGUGGCAACUUAACAUCUAAUAGAUUUAUUAUACCAUACAUAAGCUUUUGUGAACCAGAGUCCACUUGGUUUCACAAGAUAUAAGAAAAUUACACAUAUAAAAAUAACACCUCCCGUAGACUAUAGGUUCAGCUUGUAAACAUGUGUGACAUGGUGCACAUUGGAACACAAAAAAAAAUUAAUUUCACUGAAAUUAAAUGACUAACAAGACCUUGGGGUCACAACAGAUAACUUGAAGAAGAUUUUGACCCAUUGUGUGACAGCUACCCAAAAAAAAGGCAAAUUCCAUGUGAGGAAUCAUUAGGAAAGGAAUGGAAAAUAAAACUGCUGAUAUCACAGCAGCAUUAUACAAAUCUAUAUUGCAACCACAUUUGGAAUACUGUAUGCAGUUCUGGUUGGCUCACCUCAGAAAGAAUAUUGUAGAGUUGGAAAAGAUUUGGGAAAGGCAGCCAAAAUGAUCAAGGGGAUGGAAUGACUUCCCUUUGAGGAAAAGUUGCAACAAUUAGGACCUUUUAAUUUAAAGUCAAGUAAAAGAUGACAUGAUAGAAGUUUAUAAAAUUAUGCACAGCAUGGAGAAACAGAGAAUAAUAGAACAUGUGGACAUCCAACAAAGCUGAAUGUUGGAAGACUUGAGACAGAUAAAAGAAAGCACUUAUUCAUACAGUGCAUAGUGAAACUAUAGAAGUCAUUCUCACAGGAGACAAGGAUGGCCAUCAAUCUGGAUGGCUUUAAAAGAGGAUUAGACAAAUUCAUGGAAGAUAAAGCUUUUAGUGGCUGCUAGCUAUGCUCUGCUCUGCUUCCCAAGUCAGAGGAUGCAAAAUGCUUCUGAAUACCAACUGCUGGAAACCACAGGAAAGGAGAAUGCCCUUCUACUCAUGUCCUGCUUGCAGGUUUCUCGCUGGCAUCUGGUUGACCACUGUGAGAACAGGAUACUGGACCAGACGGGCCAUUAGUCUCAACCAGCUGUCUCAUCUUAGGUUCUUAUGUAACUUUCUUCUCCUCUUUCUUUGGACUAGGAGACAUUGCUAAAGGCCUGCAUUAACAGGCCUUUAUCAAGGAGUUGGUCAUAACCUAGUUGCAGUUCAGCAAUGUACAGAGAGCCAAAGGUCCUCACAUCAUCUGCUGUAGCCCUAUUUAGUCAUUCAUUCUCCCUCUCCCUCUCUCUAUCACACACAUACACAAUUGCCAUCAUGCAAAGCAGAAUGUAGAGAUGAAUUUGUUGGUUGGCCCAAUCCCUAUUGCUCGUUCCUGCCCCCAUUCCUGCAGCCCCUCAAGUGUUGGGGGUUGAAUGUCUGCAGGGAGGAGUCCGUUUUGCUCAAGCAGGCUCCCCAUGUGGCAUAAAACCCCUUAGUGGAGACAGCAACUAAACAGGAUGUGUGUUUCCUGGUGCAGAGCUCUGACAGCUGCUCCUCACAAUGUCCUCUCCGCUUUCCAGAUUUAAGAGAUAGCUGCUGUGGGAAUUCUAGCGUUGCCAGUUGCCAAUGUCCUGGUGAACUUUGGGGAGGUGGGAAGAAGGCUGCAGAGGACCAAGAUAGUGAAGCAAGACAUGUUACUACCCUCCCACAUACACUAAUGAUUUACAUGGUUGUUGUAUGCAUAUUAUUACCCGGUUAACUAUUUCCAGAAAUAUUAGAUGUCCCCACUUCAUGCUCAUUCCUCUUCUGUGCUACUUAUAUUACAAACUAUUAACAAGUCCUGCUUCUUAAGCUAUUUACUGUCAGAUUCAGAUAAGUGGCAAUCAUGCUAACUAUGAAUGCAGGAAAGUAGUAUACAGUUGUUGUGCUUGCAUAAUUUAUUCUUUACUAAGAAUUUGGGUUUCCUCAGCUCUGGAACUGCAAUUUUUGAUGUUACAUUUAUAUUCUAUUUUCACCAGUAAACAUCUCUCUCAUAUAUAUAUAUAUAUAUAUAUAUAUAUAUAUAUAUAGAUAUAUAUAUAGAUAUAGAUAUAUAUCUCACAGCUUGGCAUUUUAAAAUACUCAACUCUAAGCAUUCUUAUUGCUCUCUGUAGGAAAAGGUUAAAGAUGUGAUUCCAGUAAUUCCACUUGGGCCGGCUAUGCUCACACAGACAACAUUAAGUGACAUUUAAAAAGCCAAAAUUCAGUCUUCUUGCAACUUCCAAGCCGGAAAUGCUUUCUCACUGAUGAUAUAUUUGUGAUAGGAAGAUUUUGUUAAACACUGCAAAGAUGUCUGUGGUUUUUCAUGGAGACUUAAUAGCUACCGUGGCUGCAUAACACACUAUUUGAAGGCAUAUUACUUCCCUCAAAAAAAAUCCUGGGAACUGUAGCUUGUUAGGGUGCUAAGAAUUGUAGCUGUGUGUGAAUAGCAAUGAAAGUUCUAAACUUCCAAUUUGCCUUUUUGAAAUGCUUAGCAGUCUGGUUUUUAAAAAAGAAAAGAUUUGAUUACAUAUUUUAAGGGGAAUGGUUGUAUGAAUGGCUGACUAGCAUGUGGCAUUUUAGGAAGGCAUUCCACGUUAUUUUAACAGAGGGUGGCAAGCAGAGUACAUUCAAAGCAGCCUUAAGACUAGAUAACUUGAUUUUUAAAAAAAUGAUUAAGAAUAUAUUUUCAGCAUAUUCUUUCCUUGAAAGAACAGCAAGCUAACUAAACAAAGCAUUUGUGAUAGCUGUCGAACCACAGCAUGAAACUAAUCAGCAAUAAGAACCCUUCAAAUACCUCCCAGCAACUUAGAUUCACUGAAUGAAUGCUCUCUCAAACAGCAAAUCUGUGUGGUGUUCAAACAAUGAGCUAAUUUACUAUACUGAUUUCCCUGUGAUUAUUAUUUAUGUACAGCAGAGAAUGUUCCACAUGAGCUCAUGGCUCAACAUCAAGGACACACUGUUCUAAUUUAUUACAACCAGUGGGUUGAAGGAUAUUCCUAAAAUGAAAUGAUGAAAGUUUAGCAGGCAUGUGGAUCCUGCUGCCUCCAGUUUCUAGGCACUGUGCUGAUCUGAGAUAAAGCUCAAUGCAGUGAGGGGACAUGACAGACACAGAUGUUUCUGGAAGUCCUGGCUAAGAUGGGAAGUAGUUAACUCCUCCCUUUCCUGAAACACUAUUUGCAUUCCUUUCAGGGCUGGCUCCAAAGAGUAGUGAUGUUGAGUAGUUGCUGACUUGAGCUUUACAAAGGCCCCACUAUCCAUACAGCAGCAUCAUUUCUCACUUCAUAUGAAUCACCCAUAUAGAUCAAAUGCACUUCAGAGUACUUUCAGUUUGCACAACCCACCAUUUUGUUGCUAAUGGUCUGUGCCCCAGGGCCCCCAAAAUCCUUUGCUGGCAAAUAUAUGUCCUUGGAAUAAACAUUGUCAGGUAGUAUAUCACCAUCAAAAAUGAGCCUCCCUCCCUUUCAUGCAAGGUUAGUGUCCCAUACUGUUCACAAACUGUUCUUCAUGAGAAUCUGUGUGAAACCCACUUGAUAUUUCCACACAUAAGUAACAGGCUUGCCAGCUAUUCCUUUUUUCCCCAGCAAUCCCUCUUGUUUUCACAUCAUACCCCUUAUUCAUGAAUACAGCUGUUUGUGGAACAUAAUGGAUGGCUCUGAAGUGUUUCAAUAUGCUACUGCUCCAACUUCCAUAGCACAAUGUAAUGCAUAUACCAGGGGUUCAUCUUGACUCCAUUUGAAAUGAUAGUAGCAUUGAAUUCAAUUCAUUAUUUUGACCAAAGGAUCUUUCUUGAUUACCUGGGGCAAAUUACUGCCGCUUUGUCACAGUUCCCAGACUUUUUCUGGCUCCUAUUAGAAUAACUGGGUCCUACCAGGAUAAUGUCUCUGCCAUUCGAACAAUGUGAUGCUAGCAAGUUCAGAUAUGCCAGAUACUAGGUCCAAGGCUGAAAUGGUAAUUAGUGACUCAGAUUUGCUUUCUAUUAUAUGUUUCUGAAUCAGCUACUAAUCUAUGGGUAGUGGGAUGGACUCAUGAGAUUAAGUAUGCAUUAAAGUAUAACUCAUUUGGGCUAGGGAAUGAGAUUUUUGAGGAGCGUUGUGUCAUCAAUGAGCACAUCAGUACAAAAGCUACUUUAUUAUGAACACUGGAAAAUUGGUGUGGGGUGUUCAAAUAAGGCUUUUAAGAUGCAUGUCUCAAAUUCUACAUGGGAAAUAUUGGGAAAAUUAAAUUAAAGCAAUGCAGGUAUCUAUUGCUGCUAUUAACUCUGCAAUCUAGGACAAAGGAAGUUCAGCUGCCAUUUUCAAAAGUCUGACUUGUGCUUUAAGCAGCACUGCAUGGGAGCAAUCAGAAGCAACUUCUGCAAGUCACCUCCAAGCUGAGUUAUUAUUCCAGCCCUGUUAUAUUCAUAACAGAAUAGGAAGUGAUCAAAAUUCCACUGAAAUCUAAUGACAAAAGUCCUGAACCUUCUCAGAUGCAGGCAUCCAGCUGUUUUGGUGAUGAUUCAAGUGUGAGAAGAAGGUUCAUGUCUGAAAUUUUCAAGCUGAGCAAUUUACUCCAGUGUCAAUGGGGACAAGUGUUUCUGGUGAUGUUCUGAAUGAUACAGUACUAAUGGAGGAAGAAGCAAUUCUUAAAUGCAGCAUAAUUAUAACUAUAUUACUAGAUUAAGAUAGAAUAUGAUCUUUGUGAAAUGUUUCACAAUGUAAAUCUAUCCCCUUGGCAUUGUAGAGUACUUUACUGUAGUUAUUUUGCAAUACCUAGAAAAGGCAGAGAAAGUAAUCAAUAGGUAGUCAUUUUGCAAUAUAUCAUUCACACCUAACUGUGCAGAUCAUAAUUAUAGCCGUACAUUAUCUAGCCUGUGCCUAGAGGUCUAAAGAACAAAAACUGACAACAGGCACAACCAACCAUGAGAAGAGACUAAAAGAUCAAUGAAAUGACACAUUAUCUAGAAGUAAAUUGCAAGGACUUAGGAAAAUUAAAACAUGAAGCUGGUGGGGGGAAUAAACUGUUUAAAAUGUUCUCAGAGUUUUCCGUAAGUUCUACUUUCUGAAUACAUUUUUGGGAUAGAACUAUAUGAGCGAAGCAUGGCAUUAAUUAUGUGAAAGCAAUUAAUGUGCUCAUUUAAAAAAUGUAAAUAGGGAGUGAACCAAGCCAGAUCAAGGCCAUAAGAGUGACUCCUACCACAGUCCCAGAAUCCUACCCCAGUUCUGAUGUUUGUGGUGGGUAAUGUAUCAGUAGUAAGGUGUUAUUCACUCAAGUAUGUAGAUCAGGGAUGGGGAAAUAUCUGGUCCUCCAGGUGUUGUUGGACUAUAUAUCUCCCCCGACAUCUCUGACCAUUGGCUAUGCUGAUUCUGACUGACAGAGCCCCGGUAGUGUUGGAGGGGAAGAGAGCAAUGCUUUAUUAAUUUGUUUGCCUGUGGGUAUGCUUUUUAACCUUGUUGAACAGCAGCUUUAGCUGGUUUCAUUCAAAUAAACAGCUUUCAGAGUAAUGUGAUUUAAAGUACAUUGCUGCCUUUAUAGUCCUAAACCUUUUGUGAGUCACUUGAACUGACAUGGCCUCAGGGGACAAGUGCCUUUCCAUUUUCACACAUAGCCCAGUGUCUUAUUUUCAGGAUUUAUUGACCUCUUAACUUAUUGAACCUCAUUUCUAGUCUGUAUUAAAACCGAGCGAUAGAUAGGAAAUCUCAUGGGAUACUUUUAUUAAGUGUCUCAAAAGUGGCAGCUCUGCCUCUUGUAUUUCUUUGCCUGUUAGCUUUUUAAAUUCAUGAGAUCAUGGAGCCCAAUAAACUAGUACAUGAGCAGUAAAUGUCUCCAUGUGCCCUAAGGCAAAAUAGCCUAUUAUGAGGCAUCUGAUCAAAAUCUGCUUUGAGCUUAAAAAAUUAUAUUUGUAAAUAUAUUUUUUCUCUGCCAGGGAGAAGACCAGCUUGAAUACUCUGACAGCUGUUCAAGGGGCCCCACUGCUAUAAAUAGCAGUAUUUCAGGGUUGUAAAAAGUAUUUCAAGGUUGUAAAAGGAAAUUAGAGCCAGAGAGCAAAAGGUCACACUGACCAGAAUACAAUCAAGCUGUAAAAACACAAUUAAGAACUGGUAAAUAGUGAAAUUUAUUGUUUAACAGAAGACUCGAGCCAUAAGGUUAAAGGUUAAAUUGCAAGAGGAACAGCAGCUGGUUAGGGAAAAAGGUUUCUUUAUAGAACUUAGGAACUUAGCUUUUACUAAAUUCCUUUAAUUUGAAAAGGCCUUUCCUUCUAAAAAUCUAUCUAUGUUAUGUAUGAAAUAUAUUGGCUUAAAUGUGAUUAUGCAAAGGAUUUAGAAAGUAAGAAAUGUUAGAUUCUUAUGUUAGAUUCCUAUUAUGGUGGGUGAGAAGGUGAACUCAAGAUCUCUUUAAGAUAAAAAAAAUUAGAAACCAUGCACCAUCUGCUUUAGCCAUCUGGUUUGCGGUGAAUAGGGCAACAGGGGCCAAAGGUUAUCUGGUAAUUGAGGUGCCUGGUCGAGGUAAAUGUAAGAUAUAUGGCUACUUGUCUGCCAUUUAUGGAUACAAGGAAAUAUAGCUUUUUGUCUCCCAUAAAAGGGAAUAGGAAAUGGGUGUAUCUUUUAUGAUUGGUUCUAGCAAACAACCAAUAGGAAUUUCAACCAGGCUGAUUGGACAGAGGCAGCCAAAGGAGGAGCAAGGGGGCUGGGCUGAGGAAAUAUAAGUGCUGGCCAUCAGGGCUGGAGUAGGCAGAGCUUUGGUAUCCAUAUACCACUGUGUCUCUCAUUUAUUUGUCUGACAAAUAAAUUAUUAUUUUAAUUUCUCUAUUGCUGCGUUGAAUAUUUCAUUCCAGCUAAGCGUUAACCACAAGCAGGGUGCUACAUUUUAUGGUGCCUCUGUGACUCGGAUAAGUGGUCUGCUGGAACGCAGCCCCUUCGCCCUAGCGGGCAGGGUACAAGAGGGAGGACCACUGACCGCUUACCCAGCGCGCACUGGAACAUUUUUCCAGGGGAACGCAGAAGUCUCGUCUGUCUGAUACCCUGCUCACUGGCGGCGACGGACCGGGGGUAACCAGAGAAAUAAACAGGGAACCAGCUAAGGGUAAGUGCACAAAGGGGUUGUGGCCCUCCAAUUAAUUGGGAGGAAGAGAAGUCUUGAUCAAACUUCUGCGUCUCAGUAAGGGGGAACUGAGUACGCUAGGUGGUUGGGUACAUCAGAUGGUGGUCUGGUGGAGGGAAAAGGGAAAGAUUGGGAGGUAGAGUGUGGUGAAGUAUCCAGCGCAUUGUAUGUGUGAGAAAGUACAAUUUGUAGCUGACCUGAGUGUGGAGUGGGUAGUACUUCGGUUCCUAGUAAGGCGACUUCACUAGGCAAGGAUCCCCACGAAGCGUGUGUGUGAGUGACUGAGUGGAUACUUCACAGGGCCAUACAAUGGGAGUUGGAGGUUCAAAGGGGGAAAAUACACCUCUUGAAUGUAUGUUAAAUAAUUUUAAGAAAGCCUUCUCAGGAGCAUAUGGAGUCAAAAUGACGCCAGAGCGCUUGAGAACGUUAUGUGAAUUAGACUGGCCAAAACAAAAUACUGGAUGGCCACCUCAGGGAAGUUUUGAUAUAAAUUUAGCAAGCAAACUUUGGUCUAACAUCACCAAAGAAACUGGAGGGUGCCCAGAACAAUUUUCAUAUAUAGAUUCUUGGCUGAGCACAUUAAAUAAUAAUCCUCCAUGGAUAAGGGAAUGCAAAGUCCAACAAUGCAAAUUAUUGGCUGUAAAAGCCGAAGCUAGGAAAGGAAUCUUGCCAAAUAAACUCAAACCCAUUUUUGAGGGACCAGAGGAAGAGGUGCUUCCACCUCCACCCUAUGCUCCACAUCGAGGGGAGCCUAAUCCAAACACUCCACCAGUUGUAACCCCAAGGCAAGAAAGUGGAAGGAAUAAUGGGGCUGGAGUCACAGAGCUUGAUUCCUUGAUAGAUUAUGAUAAAUAUCUUCAGGAGGCAUUGGAGUCCUAUAAUAAAGCCCAAGCAGAAGUGGUUAUUCCACCUGUGAGUCCCAGUAGAACUCCAUCUACAGUCUCCUUUAGUGGAACAACUGAUUGCCCACCCCAAACCCCUGUACAUCCAAGUCCUAGAGAACUAUUACAGGAGUUACAGGGAGACUUUGAUCGGUCAGUAAGCAAUACAGCCAGGCGUAUAAAGCUGUUAAAAGAACGCCUUGGGACAAAUACUAUCCCCUAUGAUUUGAGGCCCCUAAAGCAAAGCGAAGAGAAAGGUCACGUAGUAGCCCCUCUCAGAAGAGUAUUUGAUGCACUUGAGGAGCCUGUGCUGGUUAACGGGCAACUCGGACCACGGCCACCUCGAACUUCGACCCUCCAGUACAUUCCAUUCACAACUACGGAUCUGAUGAAUUGGAAAACACACACCCCGUCUUUCGCAGAAAAACCUCAGGCUAUGAUGGACUUGGUGACUUCAAUAGUAAAUACUCAUAGUCCUACUUGGACAGAUUGCCGCCAGCUCCUGAAUACUCUGUUCACCACUGAGGAAAGAAGAGACAUAAUUGAAAAGGCACAGAUAUAUUUGCGUGAGCAGGCCAGAGUGGGAAAUAUUCUUAAUGUUGACCGUCAUCUCCAGGACAAUUUUCCCUUGGAGGAUCCUAAUUGGGAUCCAAACAAUGCAAUUCACCUGGCCAGGCUUACCACCUACCGCCAGACGCUUGUGCAAGGUAUCCGCAGGGCAUGCCAGAAGCCCACUAAUAUGACUAAAGUCUCAGAAGUAGAACAGAAACCGAAUGAGAGUCCGGGAGACUUUUUAGAGAGGCUGCAGGAAGCCUAUCGUAUAUGGACUCCUUUUGACCCUGAAGCCCCUGCAAACAGCAGAAUGAUUACUGCUACUUUUGUGGCUCAGUGCGCUUCUGACAUUCGUAAGAAAAUUCAGAAGUCAGAAGGCUGGGAAGGGAUGCUGAUGAGCCAAAUUAUGGCCAUUGCACGCCGAGUUUAUCGGAAUAGGGAUGAGGCUGAGAAACAAGAGAAGAAGAAGUGGCAGAAGGAAAAGAUGGUGAUGCUAGCCACAGCAGUGAAGCAAGACUACCGCCCUUUAAAUGGAGGGAGAGGGCGGGGAAGGAAUCCACCACUGGGAAGGAAUCAAUGUGCGAAUUGCAAGAAGGAGGGUCAUUGGAAGCGGGAGUGUCCUGAACCCCUGAGGUUGGAAGAAGUACGCCCAGGCCCAGGCCCAGGCUCCGGCCCAAGAAACCAGGGACGGGGACGGGGAAUGAUCCGAGAUGGAAGAUAUCAGAGACCUGGACAAGGACGGAGUAGAGACAAUUUCAUUGGACUGGCAGAGGAGGAUUUUACCCAAGACUAGGAACGACCGGACUCCAUAAAGUUAGGCUUCCAGGAGCCCACGGUCAAAAUUCAAUUAGGGAGCCAUUUAAUAGACUUUAUGAUAGAUACUGGCGCUGAAUACUCAGUACUCCCAGAACUAUUGCAGAAAAAGGCAUCCAAAAGUGUAGUCAUUAAAAGUGCCACUGGUCAGUCAGCUAAGAGGUCUUUCCUCCAACCUUUAGAAUGCCAGAUUGGGGGACAUCAUUUAACCCAUCAGUUUUUGUAUAUACCUGAGUGUCCAAUGCCUCUCUUAGGUAGAGAUAUGCUGUCCAAAUUGCAGGCCCAAAUCACCUUCACUCCUCGAGGUCCAGAAAUGAAACUGCCAUCAAAGGCAGCAGGAAUAAUUUCCCUCUCAGUACCUAAGGAACAAUCAUGGCGCCUAAUGUCAGCCCUGCAAGUCCAACCCACAUUGGAUACAGAAUUAAACAAGCUCCUCCGAACCCUACAAGUGCCACCAGGAGUAUGGGCCGAAAAUAGCCCACCAGGAAUGGCUAAGAAUAUAGCUCCAAUUGUAGUAACCCUAAAACCUAUGGCUACCCCUGUAUCUGUAAAGCAAUAUCCUUUACCCCGGCGAGCAGCAGAGGGCAUCCAGAAACAUUUGGACCGCCUAUUAAAAUAUGGUCUGCUUAAGCCCUGCCAAUCAGAAUGGAACACACCCCUUUGCCUGUUCGGAAGCCUGGGACAGAUGAAUACAGGCCAGUACAGGACUUGAGGCUCGUAAACCAGGCUAUCGAGACCUUGCACCCAAAUGUACCAAACCCAUAUACCUUGCUGAGUUUGAUCCCACCAGAAGCAACAUUUUUACUGUAUUGGACUUGAAAGAUGCAUUCUUCUGUUGCCGGCUGGCACCACAGAGCCAACCUAUAUUUGCCUUCCAGUGGGAAGACCCUUUGACAGGAACAAAAGGCCAGCUAACCUGGACAAGAUUGCCCCAGGGAUUCAAAAAUUCCCCAACUUUAUUUGGCACUGCCUUGGCGAAGGAUCUAACAAGUUACCCUCGAUACCUGGAAAAAGGUGGUUCUGCAAUAUGUAGAUGACCUUAUACUAGCGGCAAAGGAUUUUGAUACCUGUAAAGAAGGGACAGAGGAACUGCUCCACUUGCUCUGGGAAGCUGGCUACCGAGUUUCCCAGAAAAAGGCACAGUUAUGUUUAGAAAAGGUCAAAUAUUUGGGCUUUGACAUCUCACACCAACAACGAGCAUUGAGACCAGAGAGGAAAGAAGCUAUUUGCCUUAUCAAGGAACCUACCACAAGGAAACAACUCAGAGGAUUCCUGGGAACAGCAGGGUUUUGUAGACUAUGGAUACCUGAUUUCAGCAGUCUGGCCAAGCCCUUACAUGAAAGCACUCGAGGUGCAGAAAAGGACCCAUUCGUAUGGGGACCUGAGCAGCAACAAGCCUUUUUAGUUAUCAAACAACGACUUAUGGAGGCCCCAGCCCUUGGACUGCCUAAUUCGGAAAAACCCUUUCAGCUGUAUGUACAUGAACAGAAUGGGAUUGCAGCAGCAGUCCUGACCCAGAGAUUAGGAAGUUGGAACCGUCCAGUAGCUUAUUUGUCAAAACAAUUGGACUCAGUAGCAAAAGGAUGGCCUCCAUGCCUAAGGGCAGUAGCGGCCACUGCAAGCCUUGUCAAAGAAGCUGAUAAAUUUACCUUUGGCCAGACGAUGUAUGUGAAUGUACCUCAUGCUGUUCUGACACUCAUGGAAUAUAAGGGUAGUUAUUGGCUAACGAAUCCAAGGAUGGCUAGAUACCAAGGCCUAUUGUGUGAAAAUCCCAGGAUUCAUCUACGAGUAGUGAAUAUGCUCAAUCCAGCAACUUUGCUGCCCCUACCAGAGGUAGAUGAUGAAGAAUCACAUGAUUGUCUCCAAAUAAUGGAUGAAGUGUAUUCCAGUAGACCCGAUCUGAAAGAUGAACCAUUGAAAAAUCCAGAUGUUGUAUAUUAUACUGAUGGUAGCAGUUACCUGCAUGAAGGUGCCAGACGAGCAGGAUAUGCUGUGGUCACCAAUGAGGAAGUUGUGGAAGCUGAAGCUUUGCCUGCUGGCACCUCAGCACAAAAGGCUGAACUUAUAGGUUUAACUAGAGCUCUGCAAUUGGCAGCCGGAUGUAAGGCAAACAUCUAUACUGAUUCUAAAUAUGCCUUCUUAACCCUGCAUGCACAUGGAGCUCUAUGGAAAGAAAGAGGUCUAAUCGGAGCCCAUGGGAAGGCCUUGAAAUAUGGACCUGAAGUAGAAAUCCUGUUGGAAGCAGUAUGGGCUCCAGAACAGAUUGCUGUAAUGCACUGCAAAGGUCAUGGACGUGGAAGGGAUCCAAUAACCAGAGGAAAUCAUGCUGCUGACAAAGCAGCCCGAGAGGCAGCCCAGAAGCCUGUGGGAGGAUUUAUAGCAGCCCUCAUACCAGAGGUAGUUCCAGAAGAAAUUAAACCUCACUAUACCCCAGAAGAGAGGAAGUGGGCUGAACAGGAAGGAGCGGUUGUGAAGGACGGUUGGAUGAUCCUGCCGGACAAUAGGAUUUAUGUACCUCAUCACCUAGCAGGCACAAUUGUAAGAAAUUAUCAUGAAUCUACUCACCUUGGCGGUACUGCAACCAGAGAGAGUCUCAGUCGGAAGUUGUAUAUUAUUAACCUAUCACAAUUAGCAACUUGCAUUUCACAGAAAUGUGUUCUUUGUGCUAAAAACAAUCCCAGGCAGGGACCGGUACAACCUCCUGGAAUCCAACAUGUGGGAUACGUCCCCAUGGAAAGCCUAAUUGUGGACUUCACAGAGCUGGUCCCUUCUAAGGGAUUCAAGUACCUCCUUGUGUUUGUAGAUACCCUUACCGGAUGGGUUGAAGCUUUUCCCACCAGGACUGAAAAGGCACGAGAGGUAACUAAGAGACUCCUCACUGAAUUGAUCCCGAGGUUUGGAUUACCUAGAUGCAUUGGAAGUGAUAAUGGGCCAGCGUUCAUUGAUCAAGUAGUACAAGAAGUAUGUCGAGUCCUACAAGUGAAAUGGAGACUGCAUGCAGCAUAUAGGCCUCAAAGUUCGGGGAAAACUGAAAGAAUGAAUCGGACUCUGAAAACCCAAUUGGCAAAAUUAACCCAGGAAACAGGAUUGGGAUGGGUAGAUGUGUUACCCAUAACACUGUUUCGUGUUCGGUGUGCACCCACAAAAAGACUUAAGUUGUCACCUUUGAGCUCCUGUAUGGGAGGCCACCCUCCUUUGUUCAGGAUAUUCCAGCUGACCUCAAACAAAUAGGAGACCAUGUGACACAGGGACAAGUGCAAUCUCUCUCCCGUGUUUUUGUUUCUCUUAACAGGUGGGCCCUCGAGCGCACGCCGUGCAGCAUUGCCGAGCCGAUUCAUCAGUUCCAGGCUGGCGAUAGCGUAUGGGUGAAAGAGUGGAAACGUGAUCCACUUGCACCUAAGUGGCGUGGGCCUUACACCGUCUUGCUCUCUACUCCAACAGCGGUGAAGGUAGCUGAGGUGACCCCUGGAUUCAUCACUCCCGCUUGAAGAAGUCCGAAGGCAGUUGGACGUGCAAAGGUGACCCCUCUAAUCCUUUUAAACUGACUCUCUCCAAAAACCCCUGUAUCUAGCCCUACGGGGAACGGGCUAGGUCACGGGCAACAUUAGACGACCGGCCUGCUGCAGCCACAACCUGGAAGCUGGCUGACCUGCGCACGCCUGAAGCUUGAGGAGCGUCUGAACCAGCGAUUGUGAACAGGAAGAUUCUCUUAUACAAUUGAUUGACUGCCCCCCCCUGUGGAACAAUUAUCAGGGAUAUUACUCAUUGGGGAUCCUCGGGAUAUAUGUUUUGGUCUUGGUGGUUCCCCAUUUCUGUCAUUGGGGGAAUUAUAUUGGGCCUAAUAUUUUUUUGUUAUCACAAUAAGGUAAUCUUUUGUGGAAGAAAUGCAUAUACUAGACAUCAACAUGAUUUUAUUAUUAAUCCUGAUCCCUUGGGAAGGGGAAGGGUCCUUGAAUCUGACCAAAUUUGCUAAAUAUGGAUUCCGCCAUGACCACAAUAUGUGGGUAGGCUUAGCUGAGAUGGUAGCCAAUGUUACAAAUAGGACCAAUUGCCUUGUUUGCUCUCUUGGACCAGAUGAUUCAGAGGGAGGUAUGCCCUUAUUACCGAUACCAUUAAAUGCCAUUGGUAUGGUAAGCGAAAUGCCACACCAAACAGAAGUACAGAAUUUCCCCGGAUGGAACUCAACUAAACCAAUACGAGUUAUACCUGUGCAAGGGGAAUUCUGUGUACAUAAAUUAUCAGCUGCAGCUGAUUCUAUCAUGAUAGGCUCUUCUCAUUGCCACUAUACUUGGGAUUAUAUUAAGAAUAGUCAAACCUGGGCAAACGGUACUACCUAUCGAACUCGGAAUACCUUGCCCUGUGCACCUCCUUUUAUUCAUGCAUGGAAACUGGUGUGGAACAUAACUGUGACAGAAAAAGGCAAUCUAACAUACUGCACUGUGAACUCUAUGCCCCUUUUGAUAUUUCGCCUUAUGCACUCCACGUACCAAAACCUCAGACCCGAUGGUUGUGGUGGAUAUGUGGAGAAUGGGCAUACAAGCAACUCCCUCCCAAAUGGAGUGGGACUUGUUUCCUGGGAUGGGUAUUACCACCAAUGUGGAUUAUGCCCACUAGUUCGGCAAAGCGUACACGAAGAAACGCUGAUAUUUCUCAUAUAGCAGGAGGAAGUACCCAAAGUUGGAGUGAUACUGAUGAUUGGCCACCAGAGCGCAUUAUAGCCUAUUAUGAGCCUGCCUCCUGGAAUCCUGAUGAGCUCAUACAAGGGGCACGGGAUCCUAUUUAUAAUCUAAACAGAAUAAUUCGAUUGCAAGCAGUAGUGGAACUUGUAACCAAUGCAACGGCCCAGAGUUUGAGACUUAUUGCACAACAGUUGGAUGAAAGUAGAGCCGCCAUUUUGCAGCUGAAAAUGGGAAUGGAUUAUGUACUUGCCAGGCAGGGAGGCCUAUGUGGAGUCUUGAACUUGACAGGGAAUGCCUGUUGCUUUAACAUUUCUGAUAAUGGUGAGGCAAUCCGUGUGUUGGCCACAAAGAUGGAGAGUAUAGCACAUGUCCCAGUACAAAUAUGGGAAGGAUGGGAUAUGGGAUGGCUCACCAAUUGGUUACCUAAUGUUGCGGGACUCAAAGGGAUACUAUUGUCUUGCUUGUUUUUCUUGACGGUAGUAGUAAUGGUUUUAUGUACGGUGCCAUGUAUCAUUUCAUGUUUUAGAAGUACAAUUAGCAAGAUGAUUUCAAAUGAAACUUUACCUCAUAUUAUGGCCCUAUACAGAGCUUUACCUCAGGAAUAUGACGAAGGUCAAGCUAUCAAGGACACUUGGGAUGAAGGUCCUUGAGCUUGAAAGGGGGGAAUGAGGCAUCUGAUCAAAAUCUGCUUUGAGCUUAAAAAUUAUAUUUGUAAAUAUAUUUUUCUCAUGCCAGGGAGAAGACCAGCUUGAAUACUCUGACAGCUGUUCAAGGGGCCCCACUGCUAUAAAUAGCAGUAUUUCAGGGUUGUAAAAAGUAUUUCAAGGUUGUAAAAGGAAAUUAGAGCCAGAGAGCAAAAGGUCACACUGACCAGAAUACAAUCAAGCUGUAAAAACACAAUUAAGAACUGGUAAAUAGUGAAAUUUAUUGUUUAACAGAAGACUCGAGCCAUAAGGUUAAAGGUUAAAUUGCAAGAGGAACAGCAGCUGGUUAGGGAAAAAGGUUUCUUUAUAGAACUUAGGAACUUAGCUUUUACUAAAUUCCUUUAAUUUGAAAAGGCCUUUCCUUCUAAAAAUCUAUCUAUGUUAUGUAUGAAAUAUAUUGGCUUAAAUGUGAUUAUGCAAAGGAUUUAGAAAGUAAGAAAUGUUAGAUUCUUAUGUUAGAUUCCUAUUAUGGUGGGUGAGAAGGUGAACUCAAGAUCUCUUUAAGAUAAAAAAAUUAGAAACCAUGCACCAUCUGCUUUAGCCAUCUGGUUUGCGGUGAAUAGGGCAACAGGGGCCAAAGGUUAUCUGGUAAUUGAGGUGCCUGGUCGAGGUAAAUGUAAGAUAUAUGGCUACUUGUCUGCCAUUUAUGGAUACAAGGAAAUAUAGCUUUUUGUCUCCCAUAAAAGGGAAUAGGAAAUGGGUGUAUCUUUUAUGAUUGGUUCUAGCAAACAACCAAUAGGAAUUUCAACCAGGCUGAUUGGACAGAGGCAGCCAAAGGAGGAGCAAGGGGGCUGGGCUGAGGAAAUAUAAGUGCUGGCCAUCAGGGCUGGAGUAGGCAGAGCUUUGGUAUCCAUAUACCACUGUGUCUCUCAUUUAUUUGUCUGACAAAUAAAUUAUUAUUUUAAUUUCUCUAUUGCUGCGUUGAAUAUUUCAUUCCAGCUAAGCGUUAACCACAAGCAGGGUGCUACAAUUAAAGAGGAGUGAGGUGCCAUUUUCAGAUUAUUUUAUGAACAAUCUUCUGGGGACUGUAUUCCAGUAGUGGUUGGUGCUGGAGGCAAAAUGCAGAGUUGAACAGAGGAAAAGUGGGCAGAGCAACAAAUGCGGCUCUUAUGUACCUUCAUAUAAGGGCACAUUCCAGACAUGCAAGACCCAGGGAUUUCUACACAAACACACAUCUCUCUGUCUUCCAUCCUGGCAAGUAAGAGGCAUCGUUUUUAGUGUUGUACAAACCACCACCCCCUUCCCACAAUCUGAUUUGGGCCUGAUUCAGUGAUCUGUUUCCCCCUUGUCUGCCUGCCAACAUCUGCCUGCUUGUCUGGGGCUGGUUUCUGCAGUAGCAGGGUAAGUGCCCCAAGUUUUUGAUAUGAUACAUUUGCCCCACAUGACUUACUGGCAUACGCAAGACAAACUGCUGGUAAAGAGAGACACAGAAAACAGCACACAGCUGUCUACUCCUCUCUCCACCAGCACAUCCUUCAAGCAAUGUGAUUGCACAGUGCUGGGUGAGAUUCUAGCCCUGGAGUGGAAGCUGGAGCUCCCAGCAAACAAAGUUCUGCUCCUCCUUCCCAGCUCCCCACCUUGGCAUUCUUCUUAUAUGGUGGAGAGCAGAGCAGUGGCGGAGGAAGGGGGCCUGCCCUGGGUGUCAUCCCGGAGGGGGUGACAUUCAGCGCACCACCCACCUGCAACUCCCAAGCCUACUGUCCUCAAGCCAUCGGGGAAGGGGGGAGCUGCACCACUUUGCCGGCAGUCUUCCCCCUUCGUUUUGACAGCUCGGGAUGGGAUUCCCAAGCCUCCCCCGACUCCCAAGUCGGGAGUCGGGGGAAGCUCGGGAGUCACAGGCAAGUGGUGUGCCACUGCCCUGUGCUCCCGGCUGGAGGAGGCAGGUGACAAAAUGCCGGGUGGCACUCACCACGGGGCCUGCACCGCGCCCAAGCCACACAUCUCUUCUGGGAGUGACGUGGUGGCUUCAGUGCCCAAAGACUCCACACUGUCCCAAACAGUCCAGCCGCCACCUCCCCCUCAGCUUUAGGGCAGCUGACUGGGAGGAGGCAGGCAGACUCCUCAGAGGCCCUGCGAAGCAUCCUGCCCCAGCUGGCUCCGCCCCUGGCUGCAGGGCGCGUGCACUGCUCUGUGCACCCGAGCAGCUAUCCUGCACCUGGGAGGGCACCCUCCAUGCCCCGCGCCCCUUGGAAGCACACCCUCCCUGAGCAACGCAGGCAUAUGCUCCGCCGCUGCCAAAGAGGCUUCUUUCAUGUGAUUUUGCCGCAUGGUGAAGUCCCUUUAUUCUUAAAAGGUAAAGGUAAAGGGACCCCUGACUAUUAGGUCCAGUCGUGGCCAACUCUGGGGUUGCGGCGCUCAUCUCGCUUUAUUGGCCGAGGGAGCCGGUGUACAGCUUACGGGUCAUGUGGCCAGCAUGAUUAAGCCACUUCUGGCGAACCAGAGCAGUGCAUGGAAACGCUGUUUACCUUCCCGCUGAAGUGGGACCUAUUUAUCUACUUGCACUUUGAAGUGCUUUCAAACUGUUAGGUUGGCAGGAGCUGGGACCGAGCAAUGAGAGCUCACCCCGUCGUGGAGAUUCGAACCGCUGACCUUCUAAUUGACAAGUCCUAGGCUCUGUGGUUUAACCCGCAGAGCCACCUGCGUCCCUUUAAAUCUCAUCUUUUUUUACCCCUGUUUUAUUCCUGUGAUUAUUUGCUGCUGACAUGGUUUCUGUUUUCUCUGUUUUAUAUUGAUUUGUUUUCCUACCGCUUUUUAAAAUUGCAUUUUAAAUGUUAUGGUUUUCCUGCUGUUUUCGUUACCGUAUGCUGUGCAUUAGCCAGAGAACAGUAGUUGUUGUGGAACUAAGAAAUACUAUACGUAAAUCAAUUAUUCUAUUACCUAAGGGAGGGACACUUUUCGCAGGUGGAAGCAGCAGGGAGAACGAUACAUUAUCUUUUCCCUGGCUGCUCUUUUCCACCUUAAUCCCGUCUCCACUGUCUCCCUGCCCCCUAGGAUUCCAGUAUUGAACAAUUCGAGUUUUGCCCAGACAAAUGGUGGCAGGAAAUGGGUUCAACACCUUCUCCCCUGCCAUUUCUCCAUGGAAAGGGGAAAGCACAUUUUCUCUCAAAGUUGCUUUUGAAACAAACAACAAAAUCCCUAAAACUGGCCUUAGACUUUGUUACACAAGUUUGCAUGUAAUGUGCAAUUUGCUCCUAAUGAAGGUUUUGCAAGUGAUCAGCCAGAUGGCAUCGUUAAAUUGCAGACAUCAAUAUUUACAGAUUUGAUAUCCAGCAAAUGUAAACAAGGAACACUGGAGGUUUGUGUAGCAAUAAAUAUUGUAUUAAUUUCUGUAGCAGCUCCAAUGUUUGUUCAUAUAAUUUGCUUCUAAUAAUAUCAUCAGCCAUGUAAGAAGUGCCAGGAUUAUAAAAAGAUGCUGAAGCUUGCCAGGAAGGGAAAGGGAAAACAUUUUCAUCCAACCUUUUUGAGCCUCAGACUGCAGACUUAUGAUCAUAUAAACUUGCCCUAGAGUUUCAUUGUAGGUAGCACCAUCAAGAUCAGUAAAACUUAUUUCUGACUGAACAUGAACAUAAGCAGGCUCUGCAUGGGUUUAAAAUCUGCUUCCACCUACGUGCAGAAUUAGCCAUUUCUUCCUGUGCAGUUUACUUAUGCCUAAUGCAAAUAUUUUCUUCUUUUCAUUAAAUUAAUAUCAUAAGUCUCAGGAUAUGAAGUUUUAACACAUUUGCAUAAGGAUUUUUUUUAUGCCUGAAAUUAGGUUAGUAAGAUCAUGUGAGAAAUGACAUUUGCCUGUCAAUCUUCCAUGGUGUUUCUUGUAACUGCUCUGUGAUGGGGUGAGGUUUAUAUUAGCAGGCUAAUUUCUGGCAUUUUUUCAAAUUGCAGCAUCUGAUCAAGCUGAGAAAGCUUCAUUAUUAAAGAAAGAAAAUAAUAAAUUUGCUUUAUGGUAACUUUCUCCGGUAAAUGAUCACUAUAAUAGUGAGGUGAUAGAUAUUCACACAUAUGCAAUUUACUAAUAAUGUAUACAUACACAUGUGUACAUAGAGACUAAGAGAGAGAGAGAGAGAUUCGCACACAAUCAACUAACAGCAUGAGGGCAAAAUAGGGCCAUGGUCCCCGGUCCUGUCCUCCCAACAUUGCAUCCCUACUAGCCCAUUGUCUACAUGUUGGGAGAGCCAAUGGCCAUGCCAUGUCCUAGAGGGGAACCUGCUUAGGCUUCUCCUAGGAUUUAUCAGGUUCAACACAGAUAGCAGGUUCUUCUCUAUGAAUGUUUCUUCACAAUGUGUAGACAGUGGAAAGUGAAGAUAUGAUCUCCAGCUUAUUGGAUCAUCUCCAAACAAUUCAUCCCCAGGUAUGGGAAACCUCUGGCCCAACAAAUGUUGCUGGACUUCAACUCUUAUCAUCCCUAACCAUUAGGCAUGCUUGCUGAUGGGAGUUAGAGUCUCACAACAUCUGGAAGAAAACAGGUUCACCAUCCCUUACCUAAAGAGACAUUGACUGGCUAUUCUGAAUUAUUAACCAUCUCCCUAACAAAGGAAGAGUUGGCUGGUUGUAACAAUAUAUUAUGUACGUAUGUACGGUGCCUUCCAGAAGUUGCUGGACUACAACUCCCACAAUCCCUGAACAAUGGCCAUGUGCUGAUGGGAAUUGGACUCCAGCAACAUCUGGAAUGCACACUUUGGCUACACCUGGUGUAGCCAGAUAGUUUGCUCUGUAUCCACUGUGCUUCCCUUCUAGUUUAGGAAGCAAUGAACACAUGACGUUAGCCACAAUCCACAUAUAUCCUGUAUCAAUCUUAUCAUAUCUUAUUAAAUGCUGUGUUUUGAUGCAGUUUCCCCCAGCCCAGCUUUCAUCCGAAUUGAGAAAAGGAUAUCCUUGCUGUGGUUUAAGACAGUAAUGCAUGCACAGCCUUUGUGGCUUUUUCCAUCUAACUGACAUGGGCUAGAGCACAAUGCCUCAAUUACUUGGAAAAUAUUUUUACUCCUCUAUAUUUAUUCCUUUACACAGUUUUGCUCUCACACGUCCCAGAUGAAUAUCUGAUCAGGGCACUGUACACCUCACAGCAACAGCUAGCAUUUCAGCAGAGUGAGCCAAACCAACCAUAUUGCUCUGAGCUAUGUGGGUUCUGUUGCUUCUUCUCAAGCUUGAGUCAUACAUGGAUUAGGGAGCAGGCAACUCCCAGUAGCAGCCAAGAACAAUACCUGCAGAAUGCUUACAUUUUCUAGUCAAUAUAUGUGAACUCAGUCUAAGUUUUCUGUAUAUUUCAAUUUGGUGUUUCUCAUUCCUUAUUGGUUAACCAUUUUUCCAGGUUUACUUCGAAUGAUAUCGCCAUAACAAGAUGCUCAGCUGGACACAUUGGCUGUUGCAGAAGGUCAAGCCACAGUGAGUACUGAAAUCUAUGUGGGUUCAACCUCAUGCAUCUUCCCUCACCAAAGGUUGCAACCAUGAAGAUCGACCGAGGUUCUGAAACAACAAGGCUUCUGGGACAGACAAAUGCUCCUCCAUCGGAAAACAACAGUGAGCUCUCAAUGAACACCUCCGACUGUGCACAAGUCAUUGUGCCAGAAGAAAUCUUCUUCACCAUUGCCGCUCUAGGAGUACUGGAAAACCUGCUGGUGCUCAUAGCAGUGGGGAGGAAUAAGAAUCUGCAUUCACCCAUGUAUAUUUUCAUUUGCAGCUUAGCUGUUUCAGACAUGCUGGGAAGUUUGUACAAGACUCUGGAGAAUAUCCUCUUCAUCAUCUUCUGCAAGAUGAGAAGCCUAACAUGUCAGGGAGCCUUGGAAAAAACAAUGGAUGAUAUUUUAGAUUUCAUGUUUAUUCUAUCUUUACUGGGAUCCAUUUUCAGUCUGUCAGCCAUUGCAGCUGAUAGAUAUAUAACCAUCUUCUAUGCACUGCGGUACCAUAACAUCAUGACAAUGAAGCGUACUUUAGUGAUCUUGGUGAUCAUUUGGGCAUUCUGUGCUGGGAGUGGCAUCGCAGUGGUCAUUUUCUCCCAUGAAAUAGCUACUGUUGUGUCCUUCUCUGUCUUCCUGUGUUUCAUGCUCAUUUUUAUCCUCAGCCUCUAUAUUCAUAUGUUCCUGCUUGCACGCUCUCAUGCCAAGAAGAUUGCUUUGCAGCCUACCAGCUUGGUUCACCAGAGAGCUAACAUGAAAGGAGUCAUUACUUUAACUGUCUUACUUGGGGUUUUUCUCUGCUGCUGGGCUCCUUUUGUCCUUCAUAUGCUUCUGAUGGCAUUUUGCCCACAAAACCCUUAUUGCAUUUGCUAUGGGUCCAUUUUUCACAUGAAUGGUAUACUGAUCAUGUGCAAUGCUGUGAUUGACCCCAUGAUUUAUGCAUUUCGAAGUCCAGAGCUGAGAAGUACAUUUAAGAGAUUGUUCUGCUGCCGGAAGCCAAGCUGGACUUAGCCACUGGAACUUCAAAAACAGCAUGCAGAGCAACCAGAGCUGCACUGCCAUAGAACCAUUUGCUUUGUCUUGUAGUACAGUGGUACCUUGGUAUUCAAACAGCUUGACUCCCAAACAAAUCGGCUCCUGAACGCCACAAUCCCGGAAGUGAGUGCUCCGGUUUGCGAACGUUUUUUGGAAGCCGAACAUCCGACGCAGCUUCCACGACUUCUGAUUGAAGGCAGGAAGCUCCUGCAGCCAAUCAGAAGCUGCAACUUGGUUUUCACACCGUUUCGGGAAUGAAAAGGAUUCCCGGAAUGGAUUAAGUUCGAGAACCAAGGUAUCACUGUAUCUCAAAAAUAAUGUGAUGUUGACGUCUGAGGGCUACUUUGCCACACAGUGGGGUACAGCAGUGAACCUUGGGCUUAUGCAUUCUCUCUCACAUAGACACCGGUUUUUAUUAGAGGCUAUAUGCACAGCAUGUGAACCACAGGUUCUCUUCAGUUCCCUGCCAGGUGGCUGAAUUAUGCUUCUAGACCACAUGUGAAUCAGCCUUGCUGGAAUACACUGCUGCCUACAGAAUCUCAGGUCAUAAUGAAUCAAUUAGUCUCCAAAGCACCACCAUUAUCUUUUUGCUGCUAGGCUAACACAGCAACUUGGGGGGGGGGGAUAUCUUCAUAGGAGAUUCAGUUUAGGAAGAGGGUGAAUAAAGUGGUGACAGACAUGACUUAGAUCAUGUUUCCCUAACCUCGUUGCCUCCAGAUGUUUUGAACUACAGCUCCCACCAUCUCUGACCCUUAGUCGUACUGGAUGGGGCUGCAUUUCAAGAUGUUCAGAGGGCACCAUGUUCAGGAGAGGCUAGCUUGGAUACAGUUUGUGGGGGAUCAGAAAUUAGUCAUGUGUGUGCACGAUUGGAUUCUGAUUUGCAAACUUGAUUUGGAGGGAUUGUUCAAACCACAGUAUGCCAGUUUAUUCAUCACGGCAAAGUAUGGCUUGACAAACCAGGAAGUGUUAAGUCACGUGUGUGGACUGAGGGAAGGAGAGGAGGAGGGAAUGUGUGCAUCUAUACAUGGCUGAGUCCUUAGUCCAGACCAUAGAUUUCACAUAUACACACAUACACUGCAUACUCUAAUGUUAGAUAGAUCUGUAUUGAUUCAAUUUUAGUGUGUGUGCUACUGAAGUGAGCACAUAGAUAUAAAGAUAUUUUAGUUAAGUUUUAAACUAAAAUAGGCAACAAUGAGAAAAUGGUGGAAGUUCAUUGAUUGAAAAGCUUCAGUAGAAAAGAUUGAAAUGAAUUUAGACUUAAUCAUCCAGGGAACAAAUGUUUUUUAGUUGAAGACAGCUGUUAGUCAUCAAAAGCUCUGUCUUGUUAUAAAACACAUUAAUGUGAUUUCUAUUAAUUACAAUUAGUUACACUACUUCAACAGCAGGAUCUAAAAACAUGGUUAAUUUUAGGCAUUUCUGAUCAUCUGUAAUGUCAGACAUUUGAAUAUUGAACUCCGUAUUCUAAACUUGUAUGAAAGUUCUACUUCUGACAGUGUACGCAGGAACAUCCACUGUGAACUUAGCAUUUUGUCUAGCAACAUUCAAACUUAGGGAAAUAGGCACAGUACUUGCCACCAACUACUACUGUUGUGAAUGGUCGCUGUGCUGUUUUUUUUAACCCCACUGUUUGUAUAAUUUCCCUCAAUAUCCAUAUAGUUAUAGAUAGCUACCAACUGAGGACAACAUUUCGUACAUCAGAUAAUGUGGGCUCUGCUCCAAGAAAGAGUUUAUGCCAAUAUACAUUGACUAGUCUUUAAGGUGCCGCGUGACUCUUGCUGCAACAGACUAACAUGGGUACCUAUCCUAAGGUGUACUGUAUGUGAUGUCAAAUCUCCUGUGUUGUUCUUCUGGCGUAUCGCCACAUAUCUAGAGUGUCACUCCUGAAAGAUUACUUCUAAUCUGACACGUUUAGCUUAGUCAGGUCCUUGUUGAUGUUUUCAGACCUGAUGCCCUGGUAACAUAUCCUGGUAACUGAUGCCCUGGAGUGACAUAUCCCAGUAGCUGAUCCCAGCAAAGGUGCCUGGGAAGAGAAGUCAGUGCCAACCACUGAACUCAUAUCCCAUGUUUGCAGGCUGAGGUAUUCUCCUGCUAUGAAUGUGAAUAGCGCAUACUGUGAUUUUCUGUUCCAGAAUGUUCUGUGCUUACCUCUUGCAAGGCUUCUCUCACCUCAUACACUUUAAUGGAGGUGUAGCCUCCAGAUGUUGUUGGAGUCCAUCAGCCCAGUCAGCAUGGUCAAGAGUCAAGGAGGAUGAGAAUUAGAGUCCAACAGCAUCUGAAAGCAACCAUGUUGACUGCCCUUGCUUUAAUGUAUGCCCAGGUUUAUUUGGAUCUUUGUAAUUAUCUUUCUUUUUAAUGCCUACUUGGAAUACAUGUAAUUAUUGUUUCAAUUAAAAACAUAAAACAGCUUUGCUGGAUCAAUCCAUUUCAGAGCCCUCUUUCCCAGAGUGGCCAACCACAUGCAUCUGAGAAGCCCACAAGCAGGAAUUCACAUAAUAAACCUUUACAAUAAUCUAAGCCAGUAAUCGUUCCUCACAUCUUCUGGCAAUGAAUCCCAUACAUUUGUUAAGCCUUGUGGAAAUAAGUGCUUCUUUUGUCAGCCCUCAAUCUGCUACUGCUAAUCUGUUUUGUUGACUGACCCCAAAUUCUGCUUUUAUGAGAAUCAGUGAAGAACUUCUCCAGGCACCUUCUUCCACACACAAUGCAUAAUAAAACCUCUGUGCAGCCUGAUAGUCAUCUCAUUUCUAAAAAUAAAAGACUUCUAGUGUUGUUUUCAAAGAACUUUUGCUCAGAGCAGACCCAUUGAAAUUAAUGCCCAUUGCUUACAUCCAUUAAUUUCUGGGUUAAAAUUAGUUAAAUGCAACCUUUAGUACCUUUGCCAUUCUCAGUAUGGAAGGUGCUUCCACACCAUUCCCACUGAUCAUGUUGGCUGCUUUGGAACAAUUUGUCAUAAGUCAUUACAGAGGAUGAUUUACAAAACAAGUAAUUAAAAAGCACACCAUAGUUCAAUGAAUCCACAAAUGGCUGCAGUAAAUACUUUCUGCACAGAGUAGGAGGAUUACAUGACACUGAAAGGAUGAAAGAGACAGUGUUUGUUCAAAAUAAGCCAGCUCCUAUUAUCUUUCCAUGUCAUGCUGCUCCUAUUCUGCAGAAAGAGAUGUGAACUAGUUAAGGUUUUGUUAGAAAUGAGAAAAGAAGAACGAAAGAAAGAAAAGAGUGUAGAAAUCUGAAAUGGCUCAUGAGGAGAGGUCAGUAUAAUUGACUUGGAAAAUUAGAAGUCACUGAUGAGUCAGAGCAAAAAGAGAGAGAAAGAAUUUGCUGUAGAUCGCAAAGUAAAAGCAAGUUCAGGCAUUUCAUUCACUUUAGCAAUCUGCAUACUUUAAGCAAAUUUCUCACCUCUGUCUAUAACUAACCUUGCGAAAUCAGGACCGUCACAUAGUGACAUCAAGCUAUGUGAGAGUGAACACUCUCAGAUGAUUCCUAAUAGACAAGACUCUGGGUAGGGGUUGGAAUAACUUGCCCAUAGGUAUGCUGAUCCUCAUGGCAAAUGUAAAAACUCAGGCAGCUAUGGGUUCCCCAAUUCAUUCCUUGCUGUGAUGAAGAGAAUCUUUUAAUAUCUAAAUGAAAACUUCUGUUGCAUUCUAAGGGUGGAAAUGAAAAAGGUGAACAAGCUGCUGCUUGAUAACUUUGACAGCAACCUUUACUGAAGGUUAUGAAUGAUGGCCUUAUUUACCAAAUAUCAAAUCCUCCACUUUAUUCUAGUGCACCACAGAAAGCACUUCUCAGCUCCUUAAAGGAGGAAUUUUGCACCGAAUGUUGAUAGCAAUUAAUUAUGAAAGCAUCCAGGUUGUACCUGAAGGUUCAGGCCGUGUGAGUUUUAUGUACCAUGACCAUAAUUUUGUGAGUCUUUCAGUAAUUAUUGACUGUGCCUCAUGGAUUGCAUAAUUAAAUUGUCUUUACACUCAGUUCUGGAAAUUCAUUAUGGACGACUCAAAGUAAUUAACCUCUGCCUGGCUUCAAGCAGGAGUACACCAAUCAAAGUAAUUAACUAAGUGACAGACAAAGAAUUGCAAUUAGAUAAAAUGAAACUAUAGACUUGUGGACCUGUUCACGUAGGCGCUGUGCAUCCAAAUUGUGCGACCAAGUAUGGCUAUCAGCACUCCAUUAAUUUCUGUGGCAGGUACACUUAGGUUCCUCCGACUAGUCUUGCCAUCCUCUUGUGUAAAGACAUAAGAAAAGCCCUGCUGAAUUAGCCAAAGUUCCAUCUAGCCUAGCAUCCCAUUCUCCUAGUGGCCAACCAGAUGUCAAUGGAAAGCCCACAAGUAGGACAUGAUGCAAUAGUACUCUCCCCACUUGUGUUCCUCAGCAACUGGCAUUCAGAGGCAGCUGGCAGUGAAGGCUGAACAUGGCCAUCUUGACUGGUAACCAUUGACAGCCUUAUCUUCCAUGAACUUGUCCUAUCCUAAGGUCUUCCAAGUCAGUGGCCAUCACUACAUCCUGUGGCCAUCAUGACAUCCAUAGAGCACCCAGGCGACAGAACUCUGUUGGCUGAGCCUAAAGGAACUUUGUCUAUUUAGUCCUUGCUAAUAAAGUCUAUCACCUUCCAUAACUCCAUAGAGCCUGCUCUAUAAACUGACUGCUUUAAGUUCAUCCUUGGAUAGGUUACCAUCUAAGAAUGAAGACUGGAAAUAAUAGUAUAAAUAAAUCAUGCCAGUUCUCUCUUACAUCUGAAUGGAGGCAGUAUGUCCCUAAACACCCAACAGACUUCCAAUAAUUCCUUAUAGCAAAAUGUUGUAAUUGUUUACAUCCAAAGGAAGACUUCUGAGCAUCAGGGUCCUCCUAACAGUUCUCAGAACUCUUAAACUACAGCUCCCAGAUUUCUUUGAGGGGGAAGGGAGACCAUGCCAGAUUAAAGUGAUAUCAUAGUGCUUUAAAAGUAUAGCGUGAAUGUGGUCAGAUUUUCCACAUUUAUUUUUUUACUUUCAUACAUGGGUUAAUAUAUGCAUUUUGUAACAUCUGAGCAAUGGCAUGAAGGCUUAAACUGGUGAGGGACACAGCCCUCCCCUCUGAGUCCACACAUACACACACUGGUUCCACUUUGGAUCUCUGCACUGAGAGAAUGAAGGUCUGAAGUGGUGCCAGGCCAUGUACGUAGGGGAUGUUGGGGCCUGGACCAGGACCUGCACACACACGCCUCCAUCCCCUUCAUCUGUUUGUAUAACUGCCUGAGCAACACUGAAACAUGGGGGGGAAAGCUGUUCAAAAAUGAUGGCACAAAAUUGCUUUCUUUUUCUUUCUUUUCUUUGUUGGUUUUAUAAGAAGCAGUAGUUCCUAAUGGAGAACUUACGCCUCCACAAAUAAGAUUGAAGCCCUCACUGCCAUUUGAGGCUUUUGUUUGCGAUCCUACCUGUAGAAUACAAAUGCCUGUAUUUAUCUCCUUAGCUUUAGCAUUCACCGUGCUGUAGGAUUUUCAGCUAUUCUCAACAUACGUUCAGCCCUAGACACGCCCUCGGCCACAGACAAAAGCCCUCAGUCCUGCAUCCUUGGCAACAGUGGCUUACUUGUGGGGACUGACUGAGCUGUCACUUGAGCUUUGUGUGCUUUUGUAAGCUAUUUUCUCGACGCUGAAGCAAAGUUUGCCAUUUCUGUUCAAGAACAAAAAUUGUAUGCUACAUACAAUAAAGCUGGUGGUGGUCAGGCUAGGUGAAAGUUGUGAGGUUGCUGGUAUCAUCCAGCACCCUUUUUUAAAUUCGAACAGCUCAGUGCUACAAAUCUAAACAGUCUUCAUUCUUAGCUGAGUGGAUCUCUAAGGUGACAUGUUCCAUUCGAAAUGGCAGGACUACGAUGGUUACUGUGAAGGAUUCCAUCUCACAUCACUCCAGGAUACCACUUAAUGGCACUAACAAUGUGGUUAAUUAUCAUGCCAACUUUGCCAGGCUCUCCCACACUAACCCAAAGCAGCUAUUAAGCAUGCUAUUACCUUAAGCUCUUAAACCUGUGCAUUUUCAAAGCAAGCCACAACAAGGCACCAUCACAGGAAAAGCUUCACUCACUGAGCUGACUUCUCUGACCGCAUACACACCACAAAUUUAAAGCACACAACACCCCCAAAAGAUUCCUUGAAGCUGUAGUUUGUUAUGGGUGCUGAGAAUAGUAGUUCUGUGGGGGAUAAACUGCAGUUCCCAGGAAUAAAGGUAUGGUGUGUAUGCAGCCAAAGUAAUAUGCACUCUUGAGCUAGAGUGGCCAUGUGUCCUGCUGUACAGAGGACAGCUCUCCAUUUGCAAGGCUAUCAGAGGGCAGCCCUCCAUUUGAAGGAGUCUUUGGUUAAUUUAAAGGGUGGUCCAAGUCCAGUUUAGUAAAGAACCAUAAGACAGGAGAACAGCAUGGACAGCAGACUGAGCAAGAACAUUGAGCAUUGGGUCACAGUCCUCCCCAGCAUGGAAAGUUAUAGUUUCAUUCCAAUUAUAGUAUUUAUUCCUAAAUUUCCAUGUAUAAUACAUAUACAUUUUAAAGGUGUCCUGAACCCCUGGCCUACAUGGCAGCAAGUCAGUAUGUCAAGUCCAAAGUUUGAAGUCCAGGGGUCAAUCCAUACAGCCAAAGUCCAGGAAACACAGUCCAGGGUUAAUCCAAGUAGCCAACACUGAAAUCCAGCUGUCAGGAUACAGUCCAGAGUUAACCUGAAGCACAGUCCCCUAGAGAUCCAGGAGCAUCCAAGCCAAGGGCCACCAACAUGGGCAGCUGAGCAGACACAGCCCCUCAGUUCUGCUUCCCUUUUGUACUUUGCUGAUUUCAGCAUCUGGGCUUGAUGAGGCAUGAGACUCUCAUUUGUUCCAAGCCUACUCCAGCUGAGGAAUAAUACCCCUCCACCCAGAGCUAGCGAGCCCCACCUGGCAAGCUAGGGAGCUGGGCUGUGGGCCCUUGCCUGUCUCAGUCUCCUAGAGUGUGUCUCCUACUAGUCUCUAAACCUCAGAGCCUACCAUGUUCAUGGGGACAGGGGCCCUCCAGGCUCUGGUGAUGGGUCCUGCUGUUCUGGUUCCUGUGCACUGAACCCCAUCCCCUCGCCAUCCUCCGUCACCCUGUGAGUACUUCCUUUCCCAUCCCAUGCUUGCCCCAGUGUGUCCCAGUCCCAGCUAAACCCCUCGCUGGGAUCUUCUUCCUCCUUCCCAUUGUCCUACCAAUUCAUGACAAAAGGUAACAAGCAGCCCUAGAGAUGGAAACCAGUGCUGUCGCUUCAAAACAGGGGCAACUUUGGGAUGAGAGGCAGCUCUUUGUUACAUAUAUUACAGUGGUACCUCAGGUUAAGUACUUAAUUCGUUCCGGAGGCCCGUACUUAACCUGAAACUGUUCUUAACCUGAAGCACCACUUUAGCUAAAGGGGCCUCCCGCUGCUGCCGCGCCACGGGAGCCCGAUUUCUGUUCUCAUCCUGAAGCAAAGUUCUUAACCUGAAGCACUAUUUCUGGGUUAGCGGAGUCUGUAACCUGAAGCGUAUGUAACCUGAAGCAUAUGUAACCUGAGGUACCACUGUAACAGUGAUCCAACUGGGGAAGUUUCCAAGCCAUGGAUGAUGGUAGCAAGACCCAGGUCAGAUUUCUGCACUUUCCAGAUUUCAUCAUAACUUUUAUCAUAUACUUAAUUAUUUCAACACUUUUUACACUGCUUAUGUGAAACAAGCUUAUGUGUGCAAUAAGCUUAGC